CACACACACACACACACACACACACGCCACUCAUUCUCGCCUCAUUGUUUCCUAAUAGGGAACUGAUCUGAGGUAGUUCCCUUUUUCACAAUAUUGGCUUCCAACUCCAACCAGUUCAAUGACUGGCCAGGGUUAGAAAGGGGUUUGCUACAUUAUCUCAGUCAGUUGCUAAUAUUACAAACCCUUAUCUGAAAUUCCAACACUGGGCUACACUGGGCAUUCCAGAGCCUGAGCAGCAGCUUCAGAAAACUAAAGAGCUCACGGGCAAUUGGCUGGAAAAUGGACUCCUGGUGUAUCACUGACGAAGACAUGGCGGAGGUCAAGAAGGAAGCGUUGGAGCAUCUGCGUCCGUACCUCUGUGAGAAGCUAGUGGCCGACCGCCACCUGGACUACCUUCGGUCCAGGAGGGUCCUUACGCGGGACGACGCCGAGGACAUCUGCUGCAGGGUGGGGAACAGCAAGAAGACCGGUAGGAUGCUGGACUACUUAGCCGAGACCCCCAGGGGCCUCGACUACCUCGUGGAGUCCAUACGCCGAGUGAGGACCAAGGACUUUGUCAUCGGGAAGAUCACCAGCGAAGUCGAGGCGGUGAAGAUGGAGAGGAGAGAGGAGGCCAUCUUGUCAGCAGCAGGUAGUUCUUCGCCGGUCUGUAUAUGCAAAGAGAGAACUCCCUUUGUGUCGUUUCAGAGUGACAGUACUGGAUACAAAGGCAGUAGUGAAGCACAGUCCAUCCAAACCUCUCUGUCCAACUCCGAAGACAAGUGGGGUCAAAAUGAAGCAUCCUUUUCCUGGAGUACCCUUCCUGAAGGAGUUAGUGUGUCUUCUCUACCCAGUCUCCCGAAACCAGGAGAGCAGGGCGCCCCUUCAGUACCCCUUGAGGACUCCGAGCCCGGGACCUUAGAAUCUGAGAGCAGUGACCAGUUUCACACCCUCCGUUCCUUUUCAACCCCCUCUCUGUGAUGGAGUAAUACAGAAUGGUUGGAUUAUAUGGGGACAGUAAAGGGUUAGGUUUUAUUGUUUCAUAACUGUACAUGUCAUCGUUAUCAAAUGUUUUAUUUUCCAUAUCAUAAAAGCCUACAGUGGAUCCAUGAGACGUGGUUUCUAACAUGUUUGUUCUAGCAAUAAA